GGGGCCAGGCCGGCUAUAAAAGCCGCGGGCGGCCAGGCUCGUGCCGCUUUGCAGACCCCGCCGUCCCCUGUCGCCUCUCUUUGCAGCCAUGGUCAACCCCACCGUGUUCUUCGACAUCGCGGCCGAUGGCGAGCCCUUGGGCCGCGUCUCCUUCGAGCUAUUUGCAGACAAAGUUCCAAAGACAGCAGAAAACUUUCGCGCUCUGAGCACUGGAGAGAAAGGAUUUGGAUAUAAGGGUUCCUCCUUUCACAGAAUUAUCCCAGGAUUCAUGUGCCAGGGUGGUGACUUCACACGUCAUAAUGGCACUGGCGGCAGGUCCAUCUACGGAGAGAAGUUUGAGGAUGAGAACUUCAUCCUGAAGCACACGGGUCCUGGCAUCUUGUCCAUGGCAAAUGCUGGACCAAACACAAAUGGUUCCCAGUUUUUUAUCUGCACCGCCAAGACCGAGUGGCUGGAUGGCAAGCACGUGGUCUUUGGGAAGGUGAAAGAAGGCAUGAACAUUGUGGAGGCCAUGGAGCGUUUCGGGUCCAGGAAUGGCAAGACCAGCAAGAAGAUCACCAUUUCCGACUGUGGGCAACUCUAAUUCUUCUGACUCGACGGCCUAUUACCCACCAGACCAUUCCCUCUGUAGCUCAGGAGAGCAUCCCGCCUCCACCCCAUCUGCUCGUAAUGCCCCGUAAUCUCUGCUCUCACUGAAAUUCUUUGGGUUCCAUAUUUCCCCUCAAGUCUAGCUGGAUUGCAGAGUUAAGUUUAUGAUUAUGAAUAAAACCUAAGUAAAAACUG